AUAUUACAGGGAGUUGCUAGAGGUCUUGAAAGAAUUCAUAUUGAAGGAAAAAUUCAUAGAAAUCUUCAUGGAGGAAAUUUACUUAUUGAGGAUGAAGUAAUUUCAACUGACGCACGUAUUGGAGAUGUGGGCCUUUAUGGACCAAGCUAUAUUAUUAAAAAUGAAAAUCCAAAUAAAAUUUAUGGGUUUUUGCCAUACGUUGCACCUGAAGUUUUACGUGGUAAUAAUUACAGUACUUCUUCCGACAUAUUUUCAUUUGGUAUUAUCAUGAAUAUUCUUGCAACUGGUUAA